GUCAGUUUUCAAACGUGGUUUUUUUGGAAGCAGCCGGAGAGGUAGACGUUGCUCUUGUGUAAACUUGUGUUAAUCCAGCGAAAAAAAAUCUUAAGCGAAGAAAAACCUGCAGCGGCUUGAUACACAACUUAAAACGCGAUACGAUGGAAGAUCAAAGCAACGCAGCUCCCGCUGCCGCCGCGGAGAACGGCGCAAACACCGCGCAGGAGGUGUCGUCGACAACUCAGCCCAUAGAGCCCACAAAGCGCUCGUUGCGCGUGCAAACCUGGAAGAAGAUCCAGGAGGGCAAUGUUGGCAUUGGAUUGCACAACAUAUUCAACCGGAUUCCUUCGUUUGUUGAUGCUGAUAAAGCUGCUGCAUUGCUUAUCAACGAGGAGGAGUUUAAGAAAGCACAGCACAUCAAGGUAAACAUCGACCGCGCCUUGCACGAAUUCAAGGAACAAGCGUUGCUGGCCGACAAGUCGGUUUACUUGCCGAGCACCCGGGACUCGUCGGCGCUAUGCCUCAAGGUAGAUGUGCCAGCCGAUGCCACCGAUGAGCAGAAAAAGGAGGCUCUGCGCGUUCAGGACAUCCAGAAGUUCCGCACGGAAAUCGGACUGGAUAGUGGUCUGAAGCUGGACAUCGUGGUUAUUGGCUCAGUCGUAGUGUCACGCGAUGGCUAUCGUAUUGGACGCGGGAAUGGGUUCGCUGAUCUGGACAUCGGCCUUCUUAUUGAACUUGGAGCCAUCACACCGCAAACAGUUAUUGCCACGAUCGUGCACGAUGUGCAAGUGGUUGACGCUUUGCCCCUAAACCUAUUCCAGAAGUAUGACACGCCAGUGGACAUCAUUGUGACUCCCUCAGAAGUGAUCCGUGUGGCAAAGCGCUUGCCUCGUCCCAAUGGCGUCUUCUGGGAACUUCUUUCCGACCGCCGUCUAAAGAUAUUGCCUGUGCUGCAGCAGCUUAAGGAGCGGGAAGAGAAGGCGGGAAAAUCGAUAUCUUUGAAAGAGGAAGAUACCGACGUGGAGCAGCAUCAAAACAACAGACGCCGCCGUGGGCCCGUGCGUCGUCGCUUCCAACGAGGAAACCCAGGACGGACCACCUCACAGACUGACAACGAACAACCGGGCGAGACAACCCAGAAACGCACACCGCGCCGCAAAGGUCGUUUCGUCAACCGCCGCAGACGAACAACUAAGUCUGAGGGCGAUCAGUCUGGAGUUGAGGGAGGUGCUAAGAGUGAGGAUCGUAAGUUCGAAGAAGCUGACACAGGUGAGCGUCGUCCAAAGAAGAACAAGAACCGUGGACCACGUGAUUUCUGCAUUAAGUUGACAAAUUUGACACGUGACAUUCGCGUCAAGGACUUGAAAACGGAACUUCGCAAACGUGAAUGCAAUCCGAUGUCGAUUACUUGGAAAGGUCACUUUGGAAAGUGUUUCCUGCACUUUGGAAACCGCAACGGUACCCCCAGUACCCAGGAUGAUGUGGACAAGGUGCUGAAGUCGCUCAAUGAUCUCUCGCUAACCAUUACCACCGGUGGCGAGACUACUCCAGUUGCCGUUGCAGGGGUUGAGGGCGAUGCCGCCGUGAAAGCUGAACCAGCCGAGUCUGCGGCGCCUGUGCAGACCAAGACCAUAAAUGUCAACGUCGAGCUAAUUAAGUUUGGCGCCAAAAAGAGUGCCAGCACCACUGGUGCAAAUGCAAGUGCAGGCGAUGACGGAAACGCUGCCGGCGGCGCGCAAAACGGAGGAGAGGCCGGGACUGUGAGUGUCGGCGACGUAGGUGGUGCACGUAUCGAGACUGUCGAUACCACCACAGUAUAGUAUGACUUCGCGCUUGGCGCAGCCAGUGAACGAUCGCGGCGGAUUUCCGCCGGCAGCGCAACGUUUGGAGUUCAACGAAAAAAAGUAACAUUUUGUUUAGAAAAAAUCGAAAAAUAUCAAACAAAAAAUGAAUAGAAAGCGAACUCCGGACAAACACAAAGUACACUCAACAUACACACUCACUAAAUACACACAGACAGUUAAAUGUGCAUACACUAAUGAUCAUGUUUUGCAGCUUGUAGUUUCUUCUUCUCCUUCAUUACUCUACCAAACAAGAAAAGCAAAAGCAAGUUUUUCUAACGAGAACACAAUCCAUUGACGCUUUUUCUAAACAAUUGCAUUUGUUUUUGCCUAAGAAAAAACAAAAAUUCGUUGGACAUUAUAAUGUUUUCAACUUAAUUGAAAUGAUUGCAGAAAUACUCGUUCCACAAAUGCAGCGUGGAACACAAUUUCUUCUAAAUAAUCCUUUACUAACUUCUUGGGACAUGUUAAAUUACUGAGUUACACUUCUUAAAAUUAUCAAUUUUGAUUUCACACCCAACAAUUAGAUCAGUGGCUCUAUCCCCUUUAAGCAGUUGAGCUGCUAAUGGGACUAGCAGUUGUGGUCGAAGUUAGAGUAAUAUUAAAAACUGUAAAAACGAUCGGAAAUCCCAAAUGCAAAAAUUUUAAAUUCGAUCAAAUGAAUUAACAAACUAUUAACAUGUUGCAUUUUCGCUGAAAGAAUUCUACAAAGAGAUAAUUGUAAUUUGGUUAGUGUUUCCCACUUUCACCGCAAACACCAAUACCUUUAAUUAUACAUUUUAACAAAAGAUCAACACAUGUGUGAAAACAUCAAUUAUACAAUGCAGAACAUAAUAAUUAUUUACUCUUUUUUUAUACAAAGAAAAGGCAAAAAAAUGUGAAACAUGAAUGAAAUAUAACU